AUGGCAAUUCCAAUAUUGAGGACUGCAAUGAUGAUUUCUCAAUCUCAACCAUUUAUUCAAUAUUCUAUAUCUGCUGUUGAUGAAAUUGCUAAGCGGAGGAAAAGAGUAGUGUUCUCUUCUUCUCAUUCUUCAGAACUUAACCCUGUAAUUAGGACAUCAGAGGUAUCAUUUUCUGUUGGGACUUGCCUUAUUCCACAUCCAAAAAAGGUUGAGAAAGGUGGGGAAGAUGCUUUCUUUGUGAGCAACUAUGAUGGAGGAGUUAUUGCUGUUGCUGAUGGUGUUUCUGGUUGGGCUGAAGAGGAUGUAGAUCCUUCAUUGUUCCCGCGCGAAUUCAUGGCUAAUGCUUACAAUUUUGUGGGAGAUGAGGAGGUGAACAAUGAUCCUCAAAUUCUUAUGAGGAAAGCACAUGCUGCUACUUUCUCUACAGGCUCAGCUACUGUCAUCAUUGCUAUGUUGGAAAAGAAUGGGAAUCUGAAGAUAGCUAAUGUUGGUGAUUGUGGAUUAAGAGUUAUCCGGAAUGGUAAUAUAACUUUUUCUACUUCUCCCCAAGAACAUUACUUUGACUGUCCAUUCCAACUGAGCUCUGAGAGGGUUGGCCAAACAUACCUUGAUGCAAAGGUAAGUAAUGUGGAGUUGAUGGAAGGAGACAUAAUCGUCAUGGGAUCUGAUGGGCUCUAUGAUAAUGUUUUUGACCAUGAAAUCGCUCUAACCGUCGGUAGAUACAAAGAUGUUUCGGACGCUGCAAAGGCAUUAGCUAACUUGGCAAGCAGUCAUGCAAUGGAUUCAAAUUUUGAUUCUCCCUAUUCAUUGGAGGCCAGAUCCAAGGGUUUUGAAGCUCCGUUGUGGAAGAAGAUUCUUGGAAUGAAGCUGACAGGUGGAAAGCUUGAUGAUAUUACUGUAAUUGUUGGUCAGGUUGUAAGUUCAUGA